CAUAAAUUAUAUAUAUUACACACAUCAAACAAUAUGAAAUUGUAGUAAUUAAACAAAGUUUUUGUCUGAAUUUUAAAAUUAUCUGUGGGAUCCUGAGAGUGCAGAAAAACACACAGUAAUGGGUGUGGAAGUGGUGGAGAAUGGAGGAAAGGACAAGCCAGAAAUGAGUCAAGUGAUAAGACACUAUUGCAAGGUAUGUAAUAGGGGUUUUAAUUGUGCAGGAGCAUUAGGGGGCCACAUGAGAGCCCAUGUCAUAGGGGAUGUUAGUCAUCAUAAUAAUGUUAUUCCUCCACAUGGUGAUGAACACUUGAGGGGCAACAACAAGCACUCGUAUUUUCUUCGGGCGAAAACGACUCGUUUCGUGGGCUAUCAUCAGCCAAGUAACGAUGAGGAUGGGGAGUUGAAGAAACCGUCAUCGUUUGGUAGAUUUGGUGUGGAGAAGGAGAGGGUGUUGCCGAUGUUGUCGUCUCAGGGAUCCAAAUCCGAGCUUUUUGAUCAUGAGUACUCGGCUUCAAGCGAGGAAGAAGAUCUGGCUAAUUGUCUGGUCAUGUUGUCCAACAAAUCUUAUGCCUUGUCUAGUGAUAAUAAGGAGGAAAACAAGGCUAAAGAAGUGGCUGAAAAGGGCCUGUUCCAAUGCAAAGCUUGUAAGAAAGUGUUCAACUCCCACCAGGCUUUGGGGGGGCAUAGAGCGAGUCACAAGAAGGUUAAGGGUUGUUUUGCAGCCAAAUCGGAUGGCCUAAACGAAGAGGAAAGCAGCAACAACAACAACAAUAACAACAACAACGUCGAUGAAGAUUCGAUCCAAGAAGAUCAUGAGUCGUUUACACAAACCGAGUCGGAUGCAACCCGGCCAAUGUCCCCUCUUUCCUCCUCACGUAAACGGCCUAAAAUGCAUGAGUGCUCCGUCUGUCGACGUGUUUUCUCAUCCGGACAGGCCUUGGGCGGGCAUAAGCGGUGCCAUUGGCUCACCACUUCGACAGACAAUGCUUUCAUCCCAAAUUUCCAAGAUUUUCAAUAUGAUCAUCAGAGCCAGCGACUCUACAAGAAGCCCAUGCUCACAAAACCUCACCAUGAUCAUCAUGAUCAAGAUCAAGAUCAAGACCAUGAUCACGACCACAAUCACCAACUCGAUCUCAAUCUCAACCUGCCUGCUCCAGGGGAUUCCGAUCAGAACACAAGUAGGUUUCCGGCAUCAACAAGAUUGUAUCUGAAACAAUUGGCAGCCAGUGCCAAUCACAGCUGCCAGCAGAAAAUCGAAACCACGGUAGUCGUAGAAAAAGGUGACAAGCUAAGAAAGCUGAGUGAUCUAAGAGAUGUGAGCUUGGAUGGAGGGUGGUUGCAGAUGGGGAUUGCUUCAACCACUGACAUAUACUAAUCAAAGGUGAUGCUGGCUUACAAGUUCGACGAAAAUCAUGAAUCAAUGUUACUUGAUAUACAAACUAAUGAAUUCAUUGUAACUAUA